AUUUAGAGAUAACAUAACAAAUAACAAUUAACAAUAAUAGUUUUAUACUUAACAGUGAACUUGUGAACAUUUUGCUUAUUACCAAUAAUUCGUUGACUGAGACACUGAGUCUUAUUGCUCGUAUUCUAUUUGGAAGAAAUUUUAAACUAAUUAGUAAUCAAACUUCAAGUGUCAUUGCAAGAUAAAUUUGGUAAUACGUAUUUAUAAAAAUGGACAGCUUUUAUGGAAAUUCAUAUCAAAGCAAUGGAGGCGAAAAAGAUUUUCAGAAAUUGGCUCAAUUGAUUGGCACUAAUAUCCAGAAAAUAUCACAAAAUGUUUCAUCCAUGAAUAGAAUGGUAAACCAAUUAAAUACAGUUCAAGAUGCUACAGAAGUUAGAAAACAAUUGCAUCAAAUAUCUCAUUACACUCAACAGCUAUCUAAAGAUACUAGUCAUAAUUUAAAGGAACUUAGUGAAAUACGAUCAUAUUCUUCUCAAACAGAUCAAAGACAAUUGAAAAUUCAAAAAGAACGUUUAGCUGAAUCGUUUACAUCUGCUUUAAAUGCAUUCCAAGCCAUUCAACGUAAAGCAUACGACAAAGAAAAUGCAGAGCUAAUGAAACGUACAAAAGCAUCUUCAUCUACUGGAAAAUUACCUCCACCACCUGGUUCUAAAUAUCAAAAUGGUUAUUCAAACCCAAAUGAAAACCAAAAUGAUCAAGCUCAGUUACAAAUUUUGGAUGAGGUAAAUUUACAAGUAGUUGAACAAGAACAAGCUAUUAGACAACUUGAGAAUGACAUAAGUGACGUAAAUCAAAUUUUUAAAGAACUUGGUACUUUAGUUCAUAACCAAGGUGAAAUUAUUGAUAGUAUUGAAGCUAAUGUACAAAUUACUAAUGUAUCAGUUCAAGAAGCAACUGGUCAAUUGAGACGAGCAACUGAUUACACUAACAAGCUCAGGAAAAAAAGAUUCUAUUUAUUAGUUAUUUGUGCUGUGAUAUUAAUCAUAAUUACAUUGACCAUUGUUUGGGGCUCUAAAUAAAUGUGUUUGUGUUAGUUAUACUUAUUAAUAUUGUAUUUCAGUUAUUCCAUUUUGUUAAUCUAUAUAAAAAAGAUAUAUUAUAUAUAUUUAUAAUUUAUAUGUAUGUGUCUAAAGUUUAAACUGUUUAAAGUAUUUUUUUUUUUUAUACAUAUAAUAUAAAUGUUAUUCAUUAUAGUAAAAAAAAUACGGUUUAUUAAUUAUUAGAUGUACUUACAAAGCUGCUUAAUUAAUACAUUUUUUAGUUAUCAUAAUUUUUUAUUUUAUAUUAUUAUUACUGUUGUUAAUAUUUGCAUAUACUAUUAUAUAUAGAUCAUAUAUAGAAUUUAUGUAAUGUACAUCAUAGGUAUGGCUGGACUUUUACAGCAUGCAAUUUCAAAAAAGAUCUUCAAAAUAAUUUUUAACAGUAGACUCCCAGAGUAUGUACUAAUAUCUCUUACUCUUAUGAUAAAAUAUCACGUCGUAUUUAUAAAGUUGAUCAAAAAAAAUGUCAAACAUUAUUUAAUUUAACUUUUAAGGCUUAAGUCAUACUGUCAUUGCUUAAAAAAAUUUGAAGUAUUGCUUAACUAUACCCAUCAACACUAAUAAACUUGCCUACGAUGUACAUAUUAUGUUUAGUUCAAGUAACACACCUAUCAAUUAUAAAACUACAAAUAGUUAUAAUAUUGAAUGAAUAAUACGUAUAAUUUUGUAAUUAUAAUAUGCUGAAUUUUAAAUUAUACUAUUUUAUUUAUUA